AUGCAGCGUGGGAAGGUCAGCGGCUCCACCGCUGGACGUAAACGUAGCAGCAAGAGUCUCAACGAGUUAAAAGAAGAUGGCAAAAAGCCAAAAAUUUCUACUAUAUCGUCAUGGCUUUCACCUGUUACUCGUAGCAAAGUCGCCAGGUCCACAAUUACACCCGAGUCAAAAGCUGUAUCUAGUGUGAAAAAGCAAACUUCUCCGAGCAUAAAUCACUCUUUAACGCAAUCAUACAUCGAUGUGGGACAACGCGACUUUGGCAAACAUGUCAAUUGUAAAAAGUGCGGGCUGCUAUACACUGCUGGAGAAGAGGAAGAUGAGAGGGAACAUGAAAAGUUUUGUAAACGUAUGACUCGAGGCAUCGCAUUUUUCAAGUGGAAAACAGAAAGAGUUCUAAAAACAUUUCCUGGCACUUUAGGACGAAUUCUUGAAAUCAGAAAUGACGACCCGAUGUCUCACGUACGAAAACUACUAGAGAUCAAAAAGGACCAUCAAGUCGUUGGAUGUAUCAAUGUGUCGCGCAUCACGAAAGCCUAUCUGCUGGAAAAAAGCGCUUCAAAACCGGAUAUAUCGAAAGAAAAAGCGAUUGCUUUGGCAGAUGAUAGCGCAUUGACUGCGUCAACUAUAUUAAAGCCAGCAGUUGUAGGCGUUUGUCAGCUUUGGGUGCAUCCUUUGUUCCGCAGACAAAGCAUUGCAAGUCGAAUGGUCGACGUUGCUCGCGAAAAGUCAGUCUAUGGCAUGCAUGUUUCUAAGAAUUUAGUUGCUUUUGCACAGCCGACACGAAACGGGCUGCAGUUUGCACAAAAAAGAAAGUUUUCGUCAUGUCGAUUACCCACGACGUCACCUAGUGGUUUGUGGCAUUCAGCGCUGUUUUGUGCGGACGUUGUGGAGCAGCUGCUGACCACGCAGUUUCACACGUACAUGAAGAAAGUUCAGGAAGCAGACUGUAAAGCAGAGCUACGUCGCCUAGUAGCUAAAGGACCCCCUAUUUGGCUUGAAGACAAGCACGCGAUGCCCUUGCCUGAGGGGGACACACACAUUAUUCAAGUGUGGUUUGCAAGAGACAACGUGGAACGCAGUGCUAAGCUCGACGGAGCUGUGGAAGACAAAGCACACGAAUUAUUGUGGGCGGAGUUGCGACAACUUAUAGACGCAAUGGAGGAAGACAAGGUGGAAGUUAGAUAA